CACGGAGAGUAAAAACCGACAAUGUGAGGCCCGUACGUUCGAAAUUCAUCCAUUCGUUAUUUGAACCACUUAAUCCAGUUGUUGAAAACUGCGCUGACCGUGACCUUACUCUGACGUCGAUUUAUCGCGCCUGGAGACAGCUUAGCCAACCCGGAAGUGCAGUUAGCAAACACUGCGGCACCAAAGUUCGCCGACGGCUUCAGAGACUUUUUACGAACUCUCCUUCUUGCCAGUAUUACGUAAUUUUUUUGCCCCCAAAAUGCCCGACCACCAACUACCACCACUAAGGAUUGUGGCCGCGCGGUGUAGAGCCAGCGACGGGCUGGAGGGCUUCAAGGCUCACGCCGUGUUCCAGGAGAUCAACAAGAAGCUGCAGCAAGUGAGAAGGAAUGGAGGAUUUGCGGCACGCGCCGUAUCUCAAGCCACAAAGGCCGGCGCAGAACUCCGCCUUAGCCGUCGACCGAUUUUCUGGCCUCGUUUUGCUUGCGCGCAGGCCUUCUUCCAGGGCAAGCUGAAGAUCACCGGCAACAUGGGCCUGGCUAUGAAGUUGCAGAACCUUCAGCUGCAGCCCGCCAAGGCCAAGCUGUAGCCGCCCGCAGGCGGGGGAGGGACGGCGGUCACGCGACUUCCACACCACUUCCGGUCCCACGAGUACCAGCUGAAUAAAAGCCGCCACAUUUGAGGAGGGAACAAAAAUGUACAUAGACGACGUGGGUCUCACUUGUCUGCAAGGCGUCGACCUUCUUUUUCCUUGGUGUCAUCCAAACUUCACUCUGGCAAACAAGGACCAACAGAUUUCAAAUACACGCACGGGAGGUGACUGGAAGGGUCCGGCCUGCACGUCCUCGUGAUUGCCGGCGCCCCCGCGGCCUUUCGUGAGGAUGCGGCGCUUGAGAAAACCGAUGGGCGGGCGCCACCGAGACCAACUUGCUAACGCCGUCGGAAUGCAUGCUUUUGCAUUUUAUGCGCCGGCCGUUUGAAAUCAUGUACUCUUUGGAAUAAAGUGAAUAAAAGUGCUUUGAAUCUGA